AUGCUGCGCCGCCCCGCGCCCGCCCCGGCCUCCUGGCUGCUGCUGGCCGGGCUGCUGUGCGGCGGCGGCGUCUGGGCCGCGCGAGCUAACAAGCACAAGCCGUGGCUCGAGCCUACCUAUCAUGGCAUAGUGACGGAAAAUGACAACGCAGUGCUCCUUGACCCCCCGCUGAUUGCCCUGGACAAAGACGCCCCUCUUCGGUUCGCAGAGAGUUUUGAGGUGACAGUCACCAAAGAAGGUGAGAUUUGUGGAUUUAAAAUCCAUGGGCAGAAUGUCCCCUUUGACGCAGUGGUGGUGGAUAAAUCCACAGGCGAGGGCCUGAUUCGUUCUAAAGAGAAACUAGACUGUGAGCUGCAGAAAGACUACACGUUCACCAUCCAGGCCUAUGACUGCGGGAGGGGGCCGGACGGCAGUGCCAACUCGAAGAAGUCUCAUAAGGCAACUGUCCACAUCCAGGUGAACGAUGUUAAUGAAUACGCACCUGUAUUCAAGGAGAAGUCCUACCAAGCGACAGUCGUCGAGGGGAAGCGGUACGAGAGCAUCCUGAGGGUGGAGGCCGUGGACGCAGACUGCUCCCCUCAGUUCAGCCAGAUCUGCAGCUAUGAAAUCGUCACCCCGGACGUGCCCUUCACUGUCGACAAGGACGGUUACAUAAAGAACACGGAGAAGCUGGACUAUGGGAAGGAACACCAGUACAAGCUGACCGUCACGGCCCACGACUGCGGGAAGAAAAGAGCAGCCGAGGACGUGUUGGUCAAGAUCAGCAUCAGGCCCAGCUGCACCCCUGGGUGGCAAGGAUGGAACAGCAAGGUCGAGUACGAGCCGGGCACCGGCGCUUUGGCCCUCUUCCCGAACGCCCACCUCGAGACCUGUGAGGAAUCAGUGGCCUCGGUGCAGGUGAAGCUGGAGCUGGAGACCAGCCACAUAGGGAAAGGGUGUGACCGCGACACCUACUCUGAGCAGUCCCUUCACCGGCUCUGUGGUGCAGCGUCUGGCACUGCGGAGCUGCUCCCUUCCCCGAAUGGCUCCUUGAACUGGACCGUCGGCCUCCCCACUGACAACGGCCACGACAGCGACCAGGUCUUUGAGUUCAAUGGCACUCAGGCGGUCAGGAUCCCCGAUGGCGUCGUUUCUGUUAACCCGAAGGAGCCCUUUGCGAUCUCUGUGUGGAUGAGGCACGGGCCUCUUGGCAAGAGGAAGGAGACGAUUCUCUGCAGCUCAGACAAAGCAGAUAUGAACCGGCACCAUUAUUCCCUCUUUGUCCACGGCUGCCGGUUUAUUUUCCUCCUCCGUCAGGAUCCUUCGGGAGAGAAGAAGUACAAACCUGCAGAAUUCCACUGGAAGUUGACUCAGGUCUGUGAUGAGAAGUGGCACCACUACGUCCUCAACGUGGAGAUCCCAAGGGUCACGCUCUACGUGGACGGUGUUUCUCACGAGCCCUUCUCGGUGACCGAAGACUUCCCGCUUCACCCAGCCAAGAUCGAGACUCAGCUUGUGGUCGGCGCCUGCUGGCAAGAGUACUCGGGAGUUGACACUGACAAUGACACUGAGCCUGUACCUGUGGCCUCGGCAGGUGGUGACCUGCACAUGACCCAGUUUUUUCGAGGUGAUCUGGCUGGCCUAACGAUCCGGUCUGGCAGACUCACUGACAAGAAGGUGAUCGAUUGUCUGUAUACCUGCAAAGAGGGGUUAGACCUGCAAGUCCCGGAAGACGGCGGCAGAGGCGUGAAGGUCCAAGCCGACCCCCGCCAGUCCGUGCUGACCUUGGAGGCCGAGGACGCGGGGCAGCUGGAGAAGGCUGUGCAGCGCGUCGCCUACCUGAACGCCCGGCAGUUCCCCACGCCUGGGAUCCGGAGGCUCAGGCUCACCAGCACCGUCAAGUGUUUCAAUGAGGCCACCUGUGCUCCGGUCCCGCCGGUCGACAGCUACGUGAUGGUCUUGCAGCCGGAGGAGCCCAAGAUCAGCCUCAGUGGUGUCCACCAUUUUGCUCGAGCAGCUUCUGAAUUUGAAAGCUCAGAAGGGGUUUUCCUUUUCCCCGAGCUUCGGAUCAUCAGCACCAUCACGAGAGAAGUGGAGCCCAAUGGAGAAGGGGACGAGGACCCCACAGUUCAAGAGUCACUGGUGUCUGAGGAGAUCGUGCACGACCUGGACACGUGCGAGGUGACAGUGCAGGGAGAGGAGCUGAACCCUGAGCAGGAGAGCCUGGAGGUGGACAUGGCCCGCCUGCAACACAAGGGCAUGGAAGUGAGCAGCUCCGACCUGGGGGUGAUCUUCACAGGCGUGGACACCAUGGCCAGCUACGAGGAGGUGCUGCACCUCCUGCGCUACCGCAACUGGCGCGCCAGGUCCUUGCUCGACCGGAAGUUCAAGCUCGUCUGCUCCGAGCUCAAUGGACGCUACAUCAGCAAUGAGUUCCAGGUGGAGGUGAACGUGAUCCACACAGCCAACCCCAUGGAGCACGCCAGCCACAUGGCCGCCCAGCCACAGUUCGUCCACCCUGAGCACCGCUCCUUCGUUGAUCUCUUGGGUCACAGCCUGGCCAACCAUGAGCCAUUAGUAGCGGUCCCCAGCACGGCCACCAUCGUGAUUGUCGUGUGUGUCAGCUUCUUGGUGUUCAUGAUCAUCCUGGGAGUGUUCCGGAUCCGGGCCGCUCACCAGCGGACCAUGCGGGACCAGGACACCGGCAAGGAGAGCGAGAUGGAUUGGGACGACUCCGCCCUCACCAUCACCGUGAACCCCAUGGAGACAUACGAGGACCAACACAGCGAGGAGGAGGAGGAGGAGGAGGAAGAGGAGAGUGAGGAUGGCGAGGAGGAGGACGACGUCACCAGCGCCGAGUCAGAGAGCAGCGAGGAGGAGGAGGGGGAGCACGGAGACCAGCAGACAGCCAGCCGGCAGCAGCAGCUGGAGUGGGACGACUCCACCCUCAGCUACUGAGCCACACACCUGCCUCCUGCCGUGGGAGACGCCGUCCUGCAUGGCGCCCGCCCCAGGGUCCACCCCAGGGUCCACCGUGUACAAAGUCAUUCUGGCCAGUAGGUCUGCUGACCCUCCCCGCCGACUGCCACCUGCCUGCUGCCUGUGCUGGGUGUGCAGGACCCCAGGCUCCCUCCCUCUCCCGACCUGGUCCUGUCCCGCGAGGGGCUGACACGCUGUCCCGUCAUCUCGCUCCGCGCGGCCCCUUGGCGCCUCCACCGAACCCGGUGACGAAGGGUUAACUGCUCACUCCCACCUGGUAAUCCUUUCGUUUUAUUUUUUUCCUUUCUCUUUUAACCCCCCCCCCAACUAGUGCAUGUAUAAAAUGGCCAAAUGGGGGUUCAUCUAUAGAUGACGAACUGACUUUUUAAUAUUUUGUAAAUAAAUUGGGAUUCCUCGUGUCCUUUGUGCUAGUGUACCCCAGGGCUGGGUGCUAGAUGGAGUGUGAGACAGAGAUCGGGGGACCCUCGGGCCCCUGCUCCCCCCAGACAAGGAGACCAGGGCCUGCCACAUGGGCACCUGGACUGUCCCAGCUGCUGGUCUCGGUCCCCAUUUGGGGCCAGGCCAGUUGUGGGCAGGGAUCUGGAGUGCUGCCUGGUGGAGGGGACCCUCUGGAGGCUGGAGAUGGCCAGGCCCUCUUUGGGACCCCACCCUCUCACGAGCCGAGGGGGAGGCGCGGGGCCCUGGCCUGUUUGCACGGGACCCUCGUGUGCAGCCUCGGGGCUCGAGCUCAGACACGCGUGGCUGGCGCGGAGGGUCGACAGUCUGACCUGAGGGAGCCGGCAGGCCUGAGUGAUGCACUCGGAGUCUGGGACACCCCUGAACGGGCGCCCAGUGGCCCAGAGUCAAAAUCAGACCCCCCGACCCCCAGCAGCCGGAGCUCUGCUCUCCUUCCCAGAGCCCCGGGCUCCCAGAGUGGGGGCUGCCUGUGAAGGGAAGGGAGCGAGUCUCAGCAAACCCCUGCAGCACUUUGUUUUAUCUGACUUGUAAAAUUUUAGAUUUCUAAAACGGGGGGUGGGGGAUAAUUCUGAAUACUGUUCUGUGACCCCUCUGCUAGUGUCAAGGACACGGCCGCUGUCCUGUCUGUGUGGCCCCCAUGCCCUCGCUGCAGCUGCUCUUCAGUCGGUGGGUAGACGCCGGGUGGGGACCAGGUGUCCGCCCGGCAGCCGCCCCGCCCCGUGUGUACGCUGGCGCUAGGGCAGGUGUCUGCCGUGCAAUAAAGUUCUGGUGUGACUCCA